AUGACUUGGAUCACCGCCGCCGUUUCGUUGGCGCUGGCCUUCCCACUCAUUCAGCAGGCCAACGCACAAGGUGACGAGCCGGUUCCCCCGGCUGCAUCACCGCCUGCGGAGGCUUGCAAUGACCCAAAAUACGCCAGCACUGGCUUGUCGUUGACCCUUGGGACCAACGACAAUCAAGUGUCCUUUAGGUGUGCAACAACAGGACCUGCAGAUCUUGAGCCGCCGAUAAAUGAAAAAAUGGUCUGCGUUGACUCGUCAUGUGGCAGUAAACAGUCGCUCAGGGACGCGUGUCCUGGUGCCGACUUAACCGAAAUUCCCCCCGGUGAAAAGGAGCAAGACGAGCCCACAACGUAUCAGCUCACCGUGCCACUACAUGGACGACCCGAUACGCACCUCUACUACAAAUGCAAAUAUGGCGCCAAGCCUCUACGGCCACAGGGAAAACCCGGAAAAUCAACUCCUAGUGGGGAGAAAGGAGAUCCAGGAAGAACCGACGGAAAUCUUGGAGCGGGAAGUCCAGCGGGUGAAGCGAAGCAAGGAGAAGAAGACAAAGGAGCACACGAAAAUGACAUGGGUUCAUUGACAGCUGCCACAGAGUGCCUGGUCACCAUAAAGAUCGAGCGCACAGAACCCCAGGCACAGCCUGAAACGCCACAUCAGCCUAAUAACCAGGGAAGUCCCUCAGUUCCUCCAGAGCAAAUCGUGCAAAUCACCGAGUGCAACGAGGGCACCAUCACCACAAGCCUCUCGGCAAAUAUUCCACUCAGAUUCCGAUGCGCAAAAGAGCUUUUUUUGAACCCAACCUCGAUUGCAAAAGUCUAUGAAGACAGUAACGGCCGGUGCGAGAACGAGGUCGAGCUGUCAUCCGUCUUGAAAGCUGAGUUGCAGCAGCAGGUUCCGAGGCCUCAAGAAGAAAAUCACGGUUUCUACGAGCUAACCCUUCAGGACCCUCCCAUCCAUGACACUAGCUUGUGUUAUAAGUGCGUGAUACGUGAUGCAGAUCCAGAGUCGUCACUGCCGCCUUCAGUAAGGACGGCGGCAUCGCAAAAGCAAUGCUUUAUCAAGGUGUCGGUUAAAGGUACAGGAGGCCUCACCUCUUCUGCAUUUCCCGUCGUAGCAUCGCCGGUUUUGCUACUUGAGUACGUGCUUGUCCUGUUUUUCUACACAGUACUGUAG